GGCCAAGUUGACUUGAAAGCACCGUAGCAGCAGGACCAGGUCGGAAGCAAAGCAAGUCCCAAACUGAGCGGCUCUGGGCAGAGAUAUAUGUUCUUUUUCAAAGACGUUGUGUUGCUGGAGCCAGGCCUGGAUCUUUUUGCAUCCAAUUGAGCUGGAAGCAGCUCGUAGCUUUGUUUUGGUUUUAUUAUUGUUUUUUUUUUUAUUCAUGUUUGUACAAUCUUCUGGAGAUUUUUUUUCGAGAAGGAGUAAAAGGGAGUGUUGGAAACUCACAAACAGGAUUAAACCCCUGAGAGCGUAAGGAAAACAGGUUAAGGAACUUAAUCCAGGAUGGAUAUGCAGGAGCCACAGCAGCUGGGCAUGUUUGCAGAGGGCGAGCUGAUGUCUGUGGGGAUGGACACUUUCAUCCAUCGCAUCGACUCGACAGAGGUCAUCUACCAGCCCCGGCGGAAGAGAGCCAAGCUCAUCGGCAAGUACCUGAUGGGAGACUUGCUUGGAGAAGGGUCUUACGGCAAAGUCAAGGAGAUGUUGGACUCUGAAACCCUCUGUAGGAGAGCUGUGAAGAUACUGAAGAAGAAGAAGCUACGCAGAAUUCCCAACGGGGAGGCAAAUGUGAAGAAGGAAAUUCAGCUCCUGCGACGAUUGCGGCACAAAAAUGUGAUCCAGUUGGUAGAUGUAUUGUACAAUGAAGAGAAGCAGAAAAUGUAUAUGGUGAUGGAGUACUGUGUGUGUGGGAUGCAGGAAAUGCUGGACAGUGUCCCGGAAAAGAGGUUUCCGGUUUUCCAGGCUCACGGGUACUUUUGUCAGCUUAUAGACGGCUUAGAAUACUUGCACAGCCAAGGGAUUGUCCACAAGGAUAUCAAACCGGGGAACCUCCUGCUAACAACCAAUGGGACACUAAAAAUAUCCGAUUUAGGCGUAGCAGAGGCGUUGCAUCCGUUUGCAGAGGAUGACACAUGCAGAACGAGCCAAGGGUCGCCAGCAUUCCAGCCACCAGAAAUUGCCAAUGGCCUUGACACCUUUUCAGGCUUUAAAGUAGACAUCUGGUCCGCAGGGGUCACACUAUACAACAUCACAACGGGUCUUUACCCCUUUGAAGGGGAUAAUAUCUAUAAGUUAUUUGAAAACAUCGGGAAAGGUGACUACACAAUUCCAGAGGAUUGUGGUCCUCCACUCUCAGACUUAUUGAGAGGGAUGCUUGAAUACGACCCAGCCAAGAGAUUUUCAAUACAGCAGAUAAGGCAGCACAAUUGGUUUCGUAAGAAACACGCUCAGGCAGAGGCUCUGGUGCCCAUUCCUCCCAGCCCAGAAACAAAGGACCGGUGGAGAAGCAUGACGGCGGUGCCUUAUCUGGAAGAUCUGCAUGGCUACAAUGAGGAAGAAGAUGAUGACUUGUAUGACAUUGAAGAUGAUAUCAUCUACACUCAGGACUUCACAGUACCAG